GUAUAUUUCGAAAUUAAGUUAGCCGUUCCACAAUGUCAUCUACACAAUACCCUGAACUACACGCUAGAGACAUCAAUAGCAGAACACAGCUCGCUGAUGCGAUCGAAACUGAACCUCAAGUGGAAGUAGUUGAGCUCGAAGAUCGUGAAAACUGGUCAAAUAAGCUUGAUUUCUUACUAUCUUGUAUUGGGUAUGCUGUAGGACUUGGCAAUGUCUGGCGAUUUCCAUACCUGUGUUAUAAGAAUGGAGGAGCAUCGUUUCUUAUUCCUUACACAAUAUGUUUGUUCUUUUGUGGGAUUCCCAUCUUCCUACUAGAGGUCGCCCUAGGCCAGUACACAGCUCAAGGGGUCGUGAAAGCAUGGGCAAUAGUMUCUCCAUUAUUUGGGGGUAUUGGGUUUGCUAUGACCAUUAUCACAGCUUUAUGUGGAGUGUACUAUAAUGUCAUCAUGGCUUGGUCUUUCUAUUAUAUGUUUGACUCGUUCAGAUCAGAAGUGCCUUGGAAAUACUGUGGCAAUCCUUGGAACACCAAGUACUGUAGUGUUUCUAGAAGAUCUUUGAAUUGCACAGCAAACUGCUCGUCGUUAAAACUAAUAUCACCUGAAGAAGAGUUCUUUCAUCGAAAGGUGCUCCAGAUAUCAGAUGGCAUCGGUAACCCGGGGGAAGUUCGCUUUGAGCUCGCUAUGUGUCUUCUUCUUGCUUGGAUUAUUGUCUAUUUUUGUGUUUGGAAAGGAAUAAAGUCAGCAGGCAAAGUGGUGUAUUUUACCGCUGUUUUUCCUUACGUGGUUUUGAUUAUUCUGUUUUUCCGUGGUGUCACUUUGCCUGGUUCUGGUGAUGGCGUUUUGUUUUACGUAAAACCAGACUUCUCAUUAUUAGCAAGUCCAUCGGUGUGGGUAGAUGCCGCUGGACAAAUCUUCUUUUCUCUAAGCGUUGGUUUUGGUGGUCUUAUAACAUAUGGCAGCUACAAUAAAUUCAAAAAUAACUGCAUCAGAGAUACUCUCAUUGUGUCAUUCAUCAAUUGUGGCACGAGUCUGUUUAGUGGAUUUGUUAUCUUCUCAGUGAUGGGUUUCAUGGCUCAUGAGCUUGGCAUGAGCGUCAAGGAUGUUGUCAGUUCUGGAGGACCUGGAUUAGCGUUCAUUGCUUAUCCCGAGGGUAUCAAGAAAAUGCCAGGUGCGCCAUUUUGGGCGUUUAUUUUCUUCUUCAUGUUGUUCAACCUGGGUCUGGACAGUCAGUUUGUUGGUGUCGAGACAGUGACUACAGUGUUGGCUGAUUCAUACAARGGAUGCAGACGGUACAAGCCACAUAUAACACUGAUAUUCUGCCUGGUCAGCUAUGUGAUUGGAAUUACCAAUAUUACUCAGGGAGGUAUGUACGUCUUUCAAAUGUUCGACUAUCAAGCAGGAGGUAUAUCUCUUAUUCUGGUCGCUCUACUAGAGGUCAUUGGCAUAGGAUGGUUUUACGGUGUUGAGACGUUCAGUAAGAACAUUGAGACAAUGGUUGGUUACAAACCGAACAUCUUCUAUCGCGUCUGCUGGAAGUAUAUAUCACCAACUAUUAUCUUGGUUAUCUUUAUAUGGAAUUGUAUCAGUUGGGAGGGCAUCAGCUAUGGAGAUCAUCAGUUCCCGCCAUGGGCCGAGUUCAUGGGUUGGCUACUGUGCAUUGUGUCUCUCAUGUUUGUACCAAUCUUUGCUGGUUAUAAGUUUUGGACAUAUAAGGGAACAAAGACCGAGCGGUUCAAACGUUUGUUGUCUCCUGAUCAAKACUACAUACGGGCAAUCAAUAAAAAAUAUGACGUUGACGACAA